GAUUUCCAUUCCGAGUCGACCGUUAACUUAGUUUGUGGUUUGUAGUGAAAGUGCCUUGUAGAAUUUCACCGACACACCGACGGAUAUACGUUAGUUUAGUUACAGUUUGGGAGUAUCCUAUAUGGCAAUGGUCGGCGCUAAGGAUAAUAAAAGAAUGUCGACCCUGUUGAAAUGGGCUCAGAACACUCAAGGCAAAUUCAACGGAAAGACCAGUAAUGGCACAACGAACGGCGAACGAAAGUGGAUCCAUCCGCCCGACCUGUUGCAAAAGGGCCACAUAGCGUACCUCGUCAAAUUCCUGGGCAAUAUCGUAGUAGAUCAACCGAAAGGAAUAGAAGUAGUCAAAGAAGGUAUACGUAAAUUAAGGUUCAACCAGCAGCUAAAAAAGAGUGAAAGCGGCGCCAAAACGAGAAAAGUAGAAUUAACUAUAAGCAUCGAUGGUGUUGCUAUCCAGGAGCCCCGCUCGCAUAAUAUAAUGCACCAGUUCCCUUUACACAGGAUAUCGUAUUGCGCUGAUGAUAAGGGAGAGAAGAAGUUUUUUUCGUUCAUCGCCAAACAGCCCAAUCAAGUGGACAACGAUGCGGAAGACACCCACGAGUGCUUCGUGUUCAUAUCCGAUAAACUAGCCGAAGAAAUAACGCUGACGAUAGGCCAGGCGUUCGAAUUGGCUUACAAGCGGUUCUUGGAGUCGUCCGGAAAGGACCUCGAAUCGCAACGGCACGCCAUGGUCACCCAGCAGAAGAUCAAACGGUUAGAACAGGAGAACAACGUCUACAAGCAACGAUUGCUCGACAUCAGCCACUUCGCCAACAUCAAAGCCGAAUUGGACCAGUACUUGCGGAACAACGGCAUCAAGAACAUCUUAGAAAUCAAAUUGGGCAACGAGAAAUCGAAUCACGUGCAAUCGCCGAGCAACGGAUCCGCCAACACCAGCGAAUUGCUGGAUUUGAACUCGGAAAUAUCCAACGGUAACCUUCCGCCGGUACCGCCUAGAUCGUUCGAUAACGCCCCGGCAGUGGGAACCAAACUCGAAGGGUUGUUGUUCAACGAAUUGGACCCGGACGACGAUUUUGAUCCCAGAUCGUUCGAGACGAAUCCCGCCAACGGCUCCGCUUCUAGUCCGCCUCUGAUCGCGCCGCCACCGAAGGCGGCUCGACGAACGGCUCUGUCGAUAAACAGUAAUGUUAAUAACGACGCGAGUAAAGAUCUGUUCGGGACGACGCCUUUUACGCCCAAUUCGAUGGGCACCAAAGCGCUGGAUCCGUUCGAGAUGGGCGACUUCGGCAGCGCGCCCACCCCGCAGGAUAUCGAAAACGCUAUUGGGUUGUUGGACAAGAGGAUUUUGGAAAUGAAGACUGGAUUUAGCCGAGGUUUGAGUUUCGGCAACGAUGAUUUUUCGCUGGAGAGCUUGGAUCCUCUGAAGAACUAAUUUAAUGAUAUUAGCUUAGGAAUGAUGUAAAACAUUUAGGACGAUUUGGGUCAUCUUUAAUCGGAGUAUUUAUUACGUACUGUUAGGUAAGGAAAGAGCUUUUUGAAGGCAUGAAAAUUUGAUGAUUCUUGUCAUUGUAAAUGUGUUAUUAAUGUUUUGUCAUAUUGGCAAAAGAAAAAAGUCCUCAAAGUAUUAUACAGAAAUAUCAUGUUUUGUCAAUUUUGUUAUGCAGUGCGAGUCAAAAAUGUAAUUCAAUCUUUAAUAGUAUGAUAGAAAGGAAAGAGUAUUUUCAGAGUUGAUUAUUAGAGAAAGAGUGAUACUUGUGAUUCGCAACUUAUGUUAUACUAUACUUUAUGUUAUACUGUACAUAUGUUAUUGUUAUAGGAUUUAUAUAUUGUAUAUUUCUAAUUUCUUAAAAUAUAAAUAAUUCUGGUAAUUGGAAAUACAUUUUUUAUUGAGUCUUAAAUACAUAACAAGUUAUAA